AUGGCUGCAGAAGCUUUCAAGAAGCACGAAGUGGUUCCUGACGUACUCGCCACGGCUCCAACGAAAGUCGUCAAGGCUCAUUAUGACAGCGGAGCUGAGGUCAAUUUGGGAAAUGUCCUCACACCAACGCAAGUCAAAAAUCCCCCUAAGCUCACGUGGGACACGGAGCCUGGAGCGUUGUACACCGUCAUCUUCACUGAUCCGGACGCGCCAUCACGUAAGGAAGCAACAUUCCGCGAAUGGCAUCAUUGGCUUGUUGUGAAUGUACCAGGAAACGACAUCAACAAGGGUGAUGUGCUCGCAGAGUACAUUGGAUCUGGACCCCCUAAAGACACUGGUCUCCAUCGAUACGUGUUCCUUGUCUACAAGCAGCCUAGUGGCCGAAUCACAGACUCUGAGCACGGUCAUUUGACAAACCGCUCAGGUGAUGGUCGUGGUGGAUUUAAAACAGAGAAGUUCGUCGCCAAACAUAAACUUGGUACACCGAUCGCCGGAAACUUCUACCAGGCGGAAUGGGAUGACUACGUGCCGAUUCUGUAUAAGCAACUUGGUGCCUAA